GAGACCCUUUGAAGUCCCUUUCUCUCUUCUUCUGAUCUCCAAUAGCCAAAAGCUAAGAAAAAGAAGAGAGAUCUAAAGUAAAGGAAAGGUAAGUUUGGACAAAGAACAACAAUGGCUCUCGCAAGCAGCCCUGCUACGUCCACCAAAUCCUUUCUACAAACAGAAUCUCUCUUCUCUCCUUCGAAGCCCCACCAACCAUCCUUCCCUCUCUUACCCACCAAACCCAAAUCAUCCAGAUCUUUGAAAUCCAUCUCCGCCGUCCAUGCUGCUGAGCCUGCCAAGAACCCUGUUGUUGCCGACAAGUCAUCUUCCAAGAAUGCCACCACGGUGAUCCCCAAGACCACCACCCCUGGUAAAUGGAGCGUCGAUAGCUGGAAAUCCAAGCCUGCAAUCCAACUCCCUGAGUACCCUGACAAGCAGGAGCUCGAAUCGGUGCUUCAUACCAUCGAAUCCUUCCCUCCCAUCGUCUUCGCCGGAGAAGCCAGAAAUUUGGAAGAGCGUCUCGGAGAGGCCGCCAUGGGAAGGGCUUUUCUUCUCCAGGGAGGGGAUUGUGCCGAGAGUUUCAAGGAGUUCAACGCCAACAACAUUCGUGACACUUUCCGUAUCCUUCUUCAGAUGGGCGUCGUUCUCAUGUUCGGAGGCCAAAUGCCAGUCAUCAAGGUCGGAAGAAUGGCUGGUCAAUUCGCGAAGCCCAGAUCGGAUCCAUUCGAGGAGAAGAACGGAGUGAAGCUACCGAGCUACAGAGGUGAUAACGUGAACGGUGAUGCAUUCGAUGAGAAAUCGAGAACCCCUGACCCGCAGAGGCUGAUCAGGGCUUACUGCCAAUCCGCAGCCACUCUGAACCUCCUCAGGGCCUUCGCCACCGGAGGUUAUGCCGCCAUGCAGAGAGUCACCCAGUGGAAUCUCGAUUUCACGGAGCACAGCGAACAGGGGGACAGGUACCGGGAACUGGCUCAUCGUGUUGAUGAGGCCUUGGGAUUCAUGACUGCUGCUGGGCUCACUGCAGACCACCCAAUCAUGACGACGACCGAGUUCUGGACAUCCCACGAGUGUUUGCUCCUGCCCUAUGAGCAAUCACUUACAAGGGAGGACUCAACCUCUGGCCUCUUCUAUGAUUGCUCUGCUCAUAUGAUCUGGGUCGGUGAACGCACCAGGCAACUGGAUGGUUCCCAUGUCGAAUUUUUGAGAGGAGUUGCUAAUCCACUUGGCAUCAAGGUGAGCGAUAAAAUGAAUCCAAAUGAGCUAGUUAAGCUCAUUGAAAUUCUGAACCCUCAGAACAAGCCUGGGAGAAUUACUAUCAUCACUAGGAUGGGAGCCGAGAACAUGAGAGUGAAGCUUCCUCAUCUGAUCAGAGCAGUUCGCAGGGCAGGGCAAAUCGUUACCUGGGUCAGUGACCCAAUGCACGGCAACACCAUUAAAGCUCCUUGUGGCCUCAAAACUCGUCCCUUCGAUGCCAUAAGGGCGGAGGUACGUGCAUUCUUUGAUGUCCAUGAGCAAGAAGGUAGCCAUCCAGGAGGUGUUCAUCUGGAGAUGACUGGACAGAAUGUGACGGAGUGCAUUGGAGGAUCACGGACUGUAACCUUUGAUGAUCUUAGCUCUCGCUACCACACCCACUGUGACCCAAGACUCAAUGCAUCUCAAUCUCUCGAGCUUGCCUUCAUCAUCGCUGAACGUCUUAGAAAGAGGAGGAUCGGAUCAGAACCCUCUCUGGGUUCGUUAAGCAUGUAGAAGAAUUCUAAGGGUCUUUGUGUUUCUUGUUUUCUUAACUGGUAGCCCUUUCAUUUAUGCAGGGUUUCCGAGCUUAAUUUUAUGUACUACUAUGUAUGUAUACUGGAACAAGUGAUGAUUUGGAAGUGGAGAGGAAUAAAUUAAAGUGUAUUAUGCAUU